UGACGGCACCGCCAAGUCUCAAGUCUUCGUGUUACGCGCCGCAAAAGUUGAAAUGUACAGUAGCACACAAUUCCGCGAUUCUAACGACUCACAGCUACACGUUAGGCUUCCGCCUAAUGUAUAUACUCCGGGCGAUACUCCGGGCACCCUUGCAAAGGCCUCCAGCGCGUUUGAUCAGCGGCCGUCGGUUCAGACAAUCUCGGAACUCGCAGACGCGAUGGUACUCGACCGACCCAAGUACACCGAACGGUACUGAUGGAAAGCCAGUGGUAGGCGGUAAAAAUGGCACAGAAGACGACAAGACCAGUGUCGGGGAAGCUUCAGAGCAGAAAGAUGUCGGCACAGCGCCUGAAGACGCAGAGCAUAUAGCCCAGAAUCUGCAACGUUCACAAGAAAUGACUCGGCGGUACUCCUCAGCUCUGCGACGCACGCAGCGCCGCAAUCGCGCACAAGACCUUCCUCCUGUUGUGAUACCGAAUUGGUUCUUGGAAGAAAGAAUCAUCCUACACAACGACGCGUCCGCCCCAUCCACCGCUUCUGGCUCAAAGCAGUCCGAGAUUACGUUGCGUUUGAAACAACAUGAUGAGAAGGACGCUGCGCAAUGCUCUAUACCAAUAAGCAAUCCGUUCACCGGCGUUCGGCUCCUGGAUCAAUGGGUAUCAUCGGCUUGGCAUGGGGAGUUGAUGGCUAAUCAAAGCCAGGACUUCGCCAGAACGCUGGCGGCAGAGUGGAGGUUUGGAGAUCACCAAAGCAUUAUAGAUGCAUUGGAGCAAGGCGCUGAUUUUCCAUCUUCCGAUGAAAAGUUUCGCAAACUAUUGCUCCUGCGUCUUCACAAAUUGGGUGUCGACUUAGUUGGAACCGAACAACUCUUGAAGCCAUUGGAUAAUGACCUUCUGACACGGGCAAAGCAGAAUUACAUGAAAGCAAGCAGAUUACUUGGAGCAUCAGUGCGCUCUUAUGAGGCUACAGUGCCUGCGUCACAAUCUCAGGGCAAGCAUCGACCUCAUGUUUCUCCCUUCACCUUAGCAGAAAUUCGUGCAACAAUGGCCGCGUCCUUAUCAGCUCUUCAACCGGCCAUUAACGAUACAUUUCCUUCCGCGAGAACAAAUCUCAUAUUACACUCUCCACAUGCCAAUCUGGACGGGACCAUACGACAAGCUGUGAAGGGAAUGGCGUCGGAACUGGGAGCUGAUAUGAUCGAAUUAUCAGCUCAGGAUCUUGCAGAGAUAUGUGGAGACUACCUCGGUGAAGGCUCUGAGCCAUCUUUGCAUUCAAUACGUUCUCUGGGCUAUGAAACCCACAGACUAACUGCGGAACUUGGUAGCGAAGUGGAAGAUCUCGGAAACCCAGAAACCGCGGAGGCUGGAGAGGAGGCACCCCAGAAUUCUUUCCCCUCAACAGGUUCUCAGCCUCCCUUCACAACAUUGCCACCCCUGAUAAUACCUUUAUCCAGUAUGCUCAAGAACCUGACAGAGAAUCUGAAAUCGGUGCAAUUGGGGCAUGAAGAGCAGGAGACUCCUCCCAGUGAUGUCCAGGGACGCGUUCUCACCAAAGCUGAGAUUCAACUUGAAGAUUUGAAGAUUUCAAACUUGUUAGAGCACAUCAUAGGAUCAGUUGAUGCCAAGCGAUCUACUAGCAAUUCCGGCACAGAAAGCGGCAUUGAUGAACGUCCUACUCAGACGAAGCAGAUGGGCCAGCCAAUUUCUCCUGAAUUCUUCGAUUUCCCCACUCCAACCGCCCAGCAAGAAAUCGAUCUUUUCCAGGCCUUGCCACGUAAAGCAGCAACUGUUUUCGAUAUCACAGCAAAUAUCAAAGCACAACAAUACCCGACCGGGUCCCCUAGAUCCAAAGUCAUACAUAUUCAGGACUUCAGAGAGCUUAGUGCCACACAUUAUGGAAGUAGAAUCAUCCAGAAGUUGGAAGAUAUCGUACGCAGAAGAAGGAACGCUGGCGAGAGCAUCAUGAUAGUCGGCACAACGUGUUCACGAGACCUCACACCCGAAUCUUCGGUUGACGGUGUUCAAGGUAUUCAGGCAGAAGGUGAUGCCGGCUUCUUUCGUAGUAUUGUGGUCCCGGCCGAGACAGCCGAGGAUUUUCGUAACGACUCUACUAGAAGAGGAGAUCGCGAUGCACUUGACGAGAUGCUCACCUCGGUAGAGAGGAAAAAGCUGGGCGCCAUAAACACGCGGCAUAUUCAGAACAUGCUUCACGCUCUCGAUCCCAGGGCCUCUCGGCAAAUUUCACUCCGAUCAGAAUUCAACAAGAUGAACGAAAUCCAUAUUGCAGAGGGUCUAUUCCCCGCAUUUCUUUGCUCUCGAAUCAUGACUCACGAUGAAGUUCAUCGAGUAGCACUGACAACUCUAGGCUUGCAUCUUAUCGAUCCUGUCUGCGAUGCUCUGAAAUGGACUCAUGUGGCUCUGGCAAUAAGUCUACUGAAAGCAAGUGACGAGGCAAAGUUUUCUCUUAUCAAAAGAAUGGCUGAUAAAGAGAAGUUUAAAUCCUUGAACAGCUUCAAGGAUUGGACCAAAAAAAUGGCUACCGCAUCUCAGUCUGCCGAUGCACAAGCUCGCAACCGGAGACAAACACAACUAUCAAACAUCACAGCCACAGCAGACAAAUAUGAGAAGCGAUUGAUGCCUGGGAUAGUAAAUCCGGAACAGAUCAAGAUUGGGUUUGGCGAAGUGCAUGUGCCUCCGGAAACCGUGGACUCCAUCAAAACGCUCACUUCCAUGUCUUUCCUUCGCCCUGACGCGUUCAACUAUGGUGUUUUGGCAACAGAAAAAAUAUCAGGGGCACUUCUCUAUGGCCCCCCAGGCACUGGUAAAACGCUGCUCGCGAAAGCGGUAGCCAAAGAGAGCGGUUGCUCCGUCCUUGAGGUUUCUGGAAGUCAGAUCCAUGACAAAUAUGUAGGAGAAGGAGAAAAGAAUGUGACUGCAAUCUUUUCUCUCGCACGCAAGUUGUCGCCGUGCAUUGUCUUUCUCGAUGAGGCGGAUGCCGUUUUGUCGUCCCGAGACUCGGGUCGUGAACGUGCGUCGGGUCGCGACAUCCUCAAUCAGUUCCUCAAAGAAUGGGAUGGUCUGAAUAAUAACUCUGUCUUUGUCAUGGUCGCUACCAAUCGACCAUUUGAUCUUGACGAUGCUGUGAUUCGUCGACUACCCAGGCGUCUGCUGGUGGAUUUGCCAACCGAGCGUGACCGGGAAGAGAUACUCAAGAUCCAUCUCCGCGACGAGCAACUGGACGAGUCCGUGGAUUUGGCAAGCCUCGCACAGCAAACGUCUUUCUACAGCGGCUCCGACUUGAAGAAUGUCGCAGUAGCUGCUGCAUUGGCUUGUGUGAAGGAAGAAAAUGAGCAGGCUAUUAUCGCCGCCGCCAAAUCCGCGGUUGACACACCCGCCAAUGCCUCAACCAACAAUUCCACGUCCCAACUCUUGCAAGGGGUCAAGUACGAUUUCCCAGAGAAACGUACCUUGCAUGUUCGUCAUUUCGACAAGGCACUGCAGGAAAUCAGCGCGAGUAUCUCCGAAGACAUGGGCAGUCUCAACGCGAUCAAGAAAUUCGACGAGAAAUAUGGAGAUAAAAAGGGGAAGAAGAAGAAGAGAAUCUUUGGUCUGGGGCCUACCGUUGAGAGCAGCGAAGCCUCAGCUAGGGUGCGACCAUAAGCUAAUGAGGCAUCAAACAUCGAAAAAGGGCUACGGUUUCUUUCGUGCGUGUGUGUAAUAUUGUGUAU